CGGGCAUGGGCAGCGACCGGAGCGCGCCCGGACGGCCGGGCUGGGCGGGCAGUCUCCUUGGCGGCCGGGAGGCGGCUGCACGGCCGCAACUGUUGCCUCUGCUGCUGGUGUUUCUGAGCUGCCUGGGCCGCGGCGCAGCGGCGGAGGACGCCGAAGUCAAUGCGGAGAACUGGCUGCGGCUCUACGGCUACCUGCCCCAGCCCAGCCGUCACAUGUCCACCAUGCGCUCCGCCCAGAUCCUGGCCUCGGCCCUCGCCGAGAUGCAGCGCUUCUACGGGAUCCCCGUCACGGGUGUGCUGGACGAAGAGACCAAGGCGUGGAUGAAGCGGCCCCGCUGUGGGGUGCCAGACCAGUUCGGGGUACGUGUGAAAGCCAACCUGCGGCGGCGAAGGAAGCGCUACGCCCUCACAGGGAGGAAGUGGAACAACCACCACCUGACCUUCAGCAUCCAGAACUACACAGAGAAGCUAGGCUGGUACCACUCGCUGGAGGCGGUGCGCCGGGCCUUCCGUGUGUGGGAGCAGGCCACGCCCCUGGUCUUCCAGGAGGUGCCUUAUGAGGACAUCCGACUGCGGCGGCAGAAGGAGGCGGACAUCAUGGUACUCUUUGCCUCUGGUUUCCAUGGCGACAGCUCGCCAUUUGAUGGCACGGGUGGCUUUCUAGCCCACGCCUAUUUCCCUGGCCCUGGUUUGGGUGGGGACACCCAUUUUGAUGCAGAUGAGCCCUGGACCUUCUCCAGCACUGACCUGCAUGGAAACAGCCUCUUCCUGGUGGCAGUGCAUGAGCUGGGCCACGCACUGGGGCUGGAGCACUCGAGCAACCCCAGCGCCAUCAUGGCACCAUUCUACCAGUGGAUGGACAUCGACAACUUCCAGCUGCCCGAAGACGACCUUCGGGGCAUUCAGCAGCUCUAUGGCACCCCGGAUGGCCAGCCACAGCCCACCCAACCUCUUCCCACUGUGACCCCCCGGCGGCCUGGCCGGCCAGACCACCGGCCCCCCAGACCCCCUCAGCCACCUCCCCCAGGUGGGAAGCCGGAGCGGCCUCCAAAGCCAGGCCCCCCACCCCAACCCCGCGUCACAGAGCGGCCCGACCAGUAUGGCCCCAACAUCUGCGACGGGGACUUCGACACGGUGGCCAUGCUGCGGGGGGAGAUGUUCGUGUUCAAGGGCCGUUGGUUCUGGCGGGUGCGGCACAACCGCGUCCUGGACAACUAUCCCAUGCCCAUCGGGCACUUCUGGCGGGGCCUGCCCAGUGACAUCAGUGCCGCCUAUGAGCGCCAGGAUGGGCGUUUCGUCUUUUUCAAAGGUGACCGCUACUGGCUCUUCCGAGAAGCGAACCUGGAGCCAGGUUACCCACAGCCGCUGACCAGCUACGGCUUGGGCAUCCCCUACGACCGCAUCGACACAGCCAUCUGGUGGGAGCCCACAGGUCACACCUUCUUCUUCCAAGAGGACAGGUAUUGGCGCUUCAACGAGGAGACGCAGCGUGGAGAUCCCGGCUACCCCAAGCCCAUCAGCGUGUGGCAGGGGAUCCCCGCCUCCCCUAAAGGGGCCUUCCUGAGCAAUGAUGCAGCCUACACCUAUUUCUACAAGGGCACCAAAUACUGGAAGUUUGACAACGAGCGCCUGCGAAUGGAGCCCGGCUACCCCAAGUCCAUCCUGCGGGACUUCAUGGGCUGCCAAGAGCACGUGGAGGCGGGGCCCCGGUGGCCCGACGUGGCCCGUCCACCCUUCAACCCCGACGGGGGUGCAGAGCCCGGGACGGGCGGUGACAGCGAGGAGGGCGAGGAGGGUGGUGAGGCGGGCCCUGGUGGUGGCGGCGCGGCAGGGCCGGACGAAGAUGGGGGCAGCCGCGUGGUGGUGCAGAUGGAGGAGGUCACGCGGACGGUGAAUAUGGUCAUGGUGCUGGUGCCCCCCGUGCUGCUGCUGCUCUGCAUCCUGGGCCUCACCUACGCCCUGGUGCAGAUGCAGCGCAAGGGCGCGCCCCGCAUGCUCCUCUACUGCAAGCGCUCCCUGCAGGAGUGGGUCUGACCCUUGGCGCCAGACCCUCCCACUCCCCACGGUGCUAAGGGGCCAGGCUGGUCGCGCCUGUGGUUCUGAGACAGCUCCUGGGGCCUUUCAUCUAGAGCCUUCUGUGGCUCCUCAGCCCCCGGGUGGGGGUCCCUCCAGGCCUGCUGACAUCCCUGCCAGCCCCGCCCCCUUGUUUAUUUAUGCCCAGGUAUCUUUUUUUUUUUUUGCACACUAAUUAAGCAUUUCUUCCUACUUGCCUGACCAGGGCGGUCCCUCAGGGUGAUCCCUAAAGGCAGGGGCUUAGAGGUUUCUAAAUAUACUUCUGCACCAGAGAGGGAGUUAGGCUCCCACCCACCCCUGGCUUAGCCAGAGGAGCAGUGGGUCAGAAGGCCCUGUUGGAAAAGUGAAGGGCUGCUGGGUUGGUCUCCACGCUGAGUACCUGGGUCUCAGAAAGAGCUUCCACCUGGUGGCAGCCUCAGGCCAAAGAGGGCAGGGAGGGGAGGGGGCCCGCUGAUCGAGAGUCCUGUUGAGGUUUGGUUGCUUCCCAGCCCACUUCUAACAACCCCAGCAGUCGGGAUUCCUUAGGCCCAAGAACCCUGCCCGCACCUGGCCAGCCCGGAGCCAGCAGCCCCCAGCUCCCCUGUACCUCCUCCCGUCUCGGGAGAAGGGUACCUGGGCCUGCCUUACCAAGGACCAAAGCGGGUCUGCCAAGGCCCCACCCCCAAGGGUAGCGCCAGCCACGCCCCCUGGGGGCUGGGCUUCCAGGCUCCCGCCCACUCUGCUCUGAGCUGCGACUCAAUUGGGUUCUUUCCACGAGCAUCUUCCCUCCCCCUGUCACCCCCCGACCACCAACCGCAGGGGUCUCAGAAGCCCACCAGCCUCAGGCUCAGCUGCCAGUGUCCUAGUUCUCCCAGGGAGAGAGGGGAUAAUGGGUGUCCAGGCCGGGGUUAUAGAUGUCCAGAGACGCAUGCCCACCAGGCUUAAGGGGUUCCUCCCCCCCAGCUCGCUGUCCCCCAGGGACACUGGUGGGGGUGGCGUGGUGGCCAGCAGCUCAUCCUCUCUCUCAGACUAUGGGACGGGACUGUGGAGCCCCCAGAGGAGCCCACUGUAGCCUGGGGCCUCCCCCGAUCCUGGGUUCAACCCUGUGGAUGGAGGUGAUUCUGCCCUCUUUUCCUCCGUGAAGCAAGCAGGAGGCGAGGCUGCCGUGGGAAAUGGUACUGUAGAGCCGGCUCUGUCCCCGCUGCUCCCCUAGCCGUGAGCAAGCAGGCCUGCCGCCCGGAAUCCCAGAGGCCCCUGGGGCGAGGGGCCCCUCGUGGACUGGCCCCCAGUGCGGGUCCAGCAGCGUCCUCCCCACUCCAUCCUCAGAACCACCAGAGAGCCAGCCGAGGGGGGUGGGGAGGGGAUCAGUGUCUGUCUGUAAAUAAUCUGCACUGAUUAAAUAUUACG